AUGGAAGGCUGUGAAAAACAGCUUCCAGAGAAACAGUGGAGCCGAUUGGGGUCUCAGCAGAACCUGAUCCAGAGCCAUCGAGUGUGCUGGAUCCAGACUGUCCUGAACCAGAACCUCAAGUGGAUCUGGAUUAUGUGGAGCAAUCGAGUGUCCCGGAUCCAGACUGUCCUGAACCAGAACCUCAAUAAAGUAUUAAAUCUGUUGUGUUUUAGUUCAGUUCAGCAGAGGAGAUCAGAAGCAGAGCCCAGCCAUGUGUCUAUGAAGAGUGACGCGUCUAUGGUUCAGCCAGUAAAGUUUAAGAGUGGAGAUACACGGCCUGGUCUCAGCUCAGUUCAUCAGAAGAAAUCAGAUCCAGAGCCCAGCCAUGUGUCUAUGAAGAGUGACGCGUCUAUGGUUCAGCCAGUAAAGUUUAAGAGUGGAGAUACACGGCCUGGUCUCAGCUCAGUUCAUCAGAAGAAAUCAGAUCCAGAGCCCAGCCAUGUGUCUAUGAAGAGUGACGCGUCUAUGGUUCAGCCAGUAAAGUUUAAGAGUGGAGAUACACGGCCUGGUCUCAGCCAUGAAGUUCUCAACACAUUUAAAUCAAAUCUGAUAAAGAAGUUUGAGUGUCUGUAUGAGGAAACAGCGAUGCAGAGAAACCCAUCACUGCUGAAUGAGAUCUACACAGAGCUCUACAUCACAGAGAGUGAGAGUGGAGAGAUCAGUAAUGAACAUGAGGUGAGACAGAUUGAGACACAAUCCAGGAGAGCAGCAACAGAGGACACAGCCAUCAAAUGCAAUGACAUCUUUAGAGCUUUACCUGGACAAGACAAAGCCAUCAGAACUGUGCUGACAAAGGGAGUCGCUGGCAUUGGAAAAACAGUCUCUGUGCAGAAGUUCAUCCUGGACUGGGCUGAAGGGAAAGAGAAUCAGGACGUCCAGCUCAUAUUUCCACUUCCUUUCAGAGAGCUCAAUUUGAUGAAGGACAAAAAACUCAGUCUUUCAGGUCUUCUUAAUUCCUUUUUUUCCAAAACAAAAGAAAUGGAAAUAGCCAGUGAUGAAUAUAAAGUGUUGUUCAUCUUUGAUGGUCUGGAUGAGUGUCGCCUGUCUCUUAAGAGCAAAGUGAAGCUGUGUAAUAUAUCUGAAUCAGCCUCAGUGGACGUGCUGCUGAUGAACCUCAUUGUGGGGAAUCUGCUUCCCUCUGCUCUCAUCUGGAUCGCCUCCAGACCAGCAGCAGCUGAACUCGUCCCCUCUGAGUGUGUCCAUCGGGUGACAGAGGUACGAGGCUUCAAUGAGCCUCAGAAGGAGGAAUACUUCAGGAAGAGAAUCAGUGAUCAGAGUCUGGCCGACAGGCUCAUCUCACACCUGAAGUCAAACAGGAGCCUCUUCAUCAUGUGCCACAUCCCAGUUUUCUGCUGGAUUUCAGCCACUGUUCUGGAGAAUAUGCUGAGUCAAGCAGAGAGUGGAGAGAUUCCCAAGACUCUCACUCAAAUGUACACACACUUCCUGCUCCUUCAGACCAACAUCAAACAUCAGAAGGACUAUGAGAAGAAGGUGACAGAUGAAGACAUGAUCCUCAAACUGGGGAAAGUGGCUUUUCAGCAGCUUGUGAAAGGCAACCUGAUCUUCUAUGAGGAAGACCUGAGAGAGUGUGGCAUUGAUGUGACAGAAGCAUCAGUGUACUCAGGAUUGUGCACUCAGAUCUUCAGAGAGGAGUUGGGCUUGUAUCAGGGGAAAGUCUUCAGCUUUGUUCAUCUGAGCCUUCAGGAACAUCUAGCAGCUCUAUAUGUGCACUUCUCCUUUACAAUCAAAAACAGAAAUGUGUUUGAUCAAACCAAACAAAGUCUGUUACCUAAGAUUUUUAAGCAGAAGAAAUAUAAUUCAUUAUCUGAACUGCAUCAGAGAGCUGUGAAUGAGGCUUUACAGAGUAAGAAUGGACAUCUGGACCUUUUCCUGCGUUUUAUUCUGGGUCUCUCAGUGGAGUCCAAUCAGACUCUCUUACGAAAACUACUGACAAGGAUAGGAAGCUGCUCCUACAACAAAGAGGAAACAGUUCAGUACAUCAAGCAGAAGAUCAGAGAGAAUCGCUCACCAGAGAAAUCCAUCAAUCUGUUUCACUGUCUGAAUGAACUGGGUGAUGAUUCACUGAUGAAGCAGAUCCAGGAUUAUCUGAAAUCUGGAGAAAUAAGAGAAACCAAACUCUCCUCUUCACAGUGGUCUGCUCUGGUUUUUGUGUUGCUGACGUCAGAAGAGAAGAUGGAUGUGUUUGAUCUAAAACUGUUUGUUGGAAAACAACAUAAAGCAGAUGAAGUUCUUCAGAAUCUGUUACCUGUGGUUAAAGAGUCUAGAUCAGUUCGGUUAUGUGGAUGUGAUCUCACUGCUCAGUCUUGUGAAAGUUUGUCUUCAGCUCUACAAUCCUCUAACUCUGUCCUGAGAGAGCUAGACCUGAGUAACAAUGACCUGAAGGAUUCAGGAGUGAAGCUUCUUUCUGAUGGACUUAAGAGUACAAACUGUCAGCUGGAGAUUCUGAGGUUGUCUGGCUGCAUGGUGACAGAGAAAGGCUGUCGUUAUGUGUCUUUAGCACUGAGUUCAAACCCCUCACACCUGAGAGAGCUGGAUCUGAGCUACAAUCACCCCGGAGAUUCAGGAGUCAAGCUGCUCUCUGAAAAACUGGAGGAUUCAAAAUGCUCACUGGACAAACUCGAUGUGGAUUAUGGAGAAGAGUGCAGGAUUAAAACAGGACUAAAGAAAUGGUUGUGUUUUCUCUCACUGGAUCCAAACACAGCAAACACUCGUCUCAUUCUGUCUGAGCAGAACAGAAAAGUGACAAAUGUGGAACAAUAUCAGCCGUAUCUUGAACAUCGAGACAGAUUCGAUGUGCACCUUUGGUCCAAAACUUUAGCAGCUUCCUUGUGA